GUGUUUGACUUAGUUCGGAUCCCAGAUCCAUUUCUUCCACCCAUGGGGCCCACAGCAAAGCCCUGCGCUGGUCCAGCAGGCGGCACAUCAGGACUUUCAGCGAUGCCCCUGCCUGCUACCCGGAAGCCACGGAGGAAAUGAGGUAGCCUCGUGGCGCAGGGGGGAAGCCCAGUUCGAUGGAUACGAAGUAUAAGGACGACUUAUUUCGGAAGUAUGUGCAGUUCCACGAGGGCCAAGUGGACGCCGCUCCCGGCAAGCAGCGGCAUGGCAGCGAUGAGCAUCUCCGGGUGGCCGCCUCGACCCUGCUCAGCCUGCACAAGGUGGACCCCUUCUAUCGAUUCCGGCUGAUCCAGUUCUAUGAGGUAGUGGAGGCCUCCCUGCGCUCACUGAGCUCCUCCAGCCUGCAGGCUUUGCACUGCGCCUUCAGUGUGUUGGAGACGGUGGGCAUCAACCUCUUCCUGUACCCGUGGAAGAAGGAAUUCCGAAGCAUCAAGACCUACACAGGCCCUUUUGUUUACUAUGUCAAGUCCACGUUACUGGAGGAGGACAUCUGCGCCAUCCUGAGCUACAUGGGCUACACGCCCGAGCUGGGGACUGCGUACAGGCUCAAGGACCUCGUGGAGAGCCUCCAGGUGAAGAUGGUCUCCUUCGAGCUCUUUCUGGCCAAGGUGGAGUGCGAGCAGAUGCUGGAGAUCUAUGCGCAGGUGAAGGACAAGGGCUACUCCGAGCUGGACGUGGUGAGCGAGCGCAAGAGUAGCACAGAGGACGUGCGUGGCUGCUCCGGUGCCCUGCGGCGGCGGGCUGAAAGCCGGGAGCACCUGGCUACUUCCAUGGCCCGAGUGGCGCUGCAGAAGUCAGCCAGCGAGCGGGCAGCCAAGGACUACUACAAGCCCCGUGUGACCAAGCCCUCCAGGUCGGUGGACGCAUAUGACAGCUACUGGGAGAGCAGGAAGCCACCUUUGAAGGCCUCACUGAGCCUGCGGAAGGAUCCUGGGGCUGAUCUGGGGGAUGACUUGAAAGACGAGAUCAUCCGCCCAUCCCCCUCUCUCCUGGCCAUGUCCAGCUCCCCCCACGGCAGCCCAGACGACCUUCCUCCCACCUCCCCAAACAAUGGCCUCGGGCUGAUGCGCAGCACGUACUUUUCUCCUCAGGAUGACGUGGACCUGUACACUGACUCGGACACCAGGGCCGCGUACCGCAGGCAGGAUGCUCUGCGACCAGAUGUGUGGCUUGUUAGAAAUGACGCCCACCCCCUCUACCACAAGCGAUCACCCCCCGCCAAAGAGUCUGCCCUUUCCAAGUGCCCAAACUGUGGCCUGGCCUGCAGCACUGCCCUCUGCCAGCGCUGUGACAGCCUGCUGGCCUGCCCCCCUGCCCCUAAGCCCAGCGCCUUCUCCGUCAAAGCUGCUGCCCUCGACAGCCUGACCCAUGGGGCGCCUCUGCGGGAGAAGCACACGGGCCAGGCUCCAGCCCUCGACCGGCUGCCACCUCUGCACUCCAAGUCCAAGCCCUCCACUGCAGCCACCUCCCGCUGUGGCUUCUGCAAUCGCCCAGGAGCCACCAACACCUGUACCCAGUGUUCGAAAGUUUCCUGUGACGCCUGCCUCAGCGCCUACCAUUAUGACCCCUGCUGCAAGAAGAGCGAGCUGCACAAGUUCAUGCCCAACAACCAGCUGAACUACAAGUCCACCCAGUUCUCCCACCUCGUGUACAGAUAGACCCCCUCUGGCACCUUCCUGCUACAAGGGCUACACCACUGACCUCCUGGUCCCCUGGUGAAGAAGUAUUAAUGCGUCCAGCAGAAGCAGAGGCCUGAACUUGACCAUGUAGAUAGCGGGGACCUGGCUGGCCGCACCUCAUGAGAGUCACUUAGUGACUCUCAUUUCAGCUGGUGGCUGCUCUGGUGGCUGCUCUGUCGUCUGACAAGGAGAGGGUAGCACUUUCAUUUAGAUUCAGUUUCACUAAUCUCUCCACUCCCUGUUCAGUUGGGUUUUGGUUUGGUUCGGUUUGGUUCCCCCUAAAGAGGAUUUCUGCCUUGGGCUUCCCACAGUGACGCUGACAUGACUGGGAAAGGCCCCUUGGGUCACCUCCAGAUGCCCCCCUGUGGUGGCGAGCUAGAGGCCUGUUGGCUUGUGAAAUGAGCCCUCCUGCCACACCGGGCCUCUCCUGACGGCUCACCUUUCAGCCAUCCUGUUGGCGCACAUGAGGGGCCUAGCUGGACUCCCUGUCCUUUUUGUGUCAGAGGCGAGGCGAGACGAGUCCAGUGUGAGCUGAAUGUCAUCGUGUGGCCAGCACAGCUCUGCCAGCCUACAAUGUGUAUGCAGGUCACCCAGACACGCUGACCAGUGGGCUGUCUGCAGAACUGAGCUUCCCUUUCUGUUGUUUGCACAUGCCCCUCUUACUGUACUGUAAAUAGAUAUUUUUGAGAUUUAUUUUUAAAUAAAUAUUCUACUUGCUAUGUGUUUCAAAGUGGUUAAAAAUUAAUUAUGUAGCUAUUUAUGAGAAUGCCCUGGGUUCUUAGUCUUCCAAGGGAGGCCUCGUGCCCUUUGCUGUCGGAUCUUCCACUCGCCAGGGUGGAGUGGCGUUUGGGGCAGGGGAGGAGCUGAGGCAGUGGCACUUUCCUCGAGGUGGUAGAGAGCCGCCGUUGUCCCUCGCCGUCUUCCCUCCAGUAACCACUACACACCUACCUCCGGCGUGCACUCGGGGUUGGCGCGGUGCUGAGGUCUGCGCCUGCAGACUGCAAUGGCCCAGCGAUGAUUCGGGGGGUGACAGCCCUGGUUUUGGCCUGCUGAUCGUUCCCCUUGCACUCCAGACUUCUUGAAGCUUGUUCAGAAGGAAGACUUUUUGGGUUUCCCACGCCCCUGCACCUCCGUCCUCCUCUGCACAGUUUCCAGCACUCAUCUACAGCAACAUUAGCAAUCUCUUUGCACUAAUGGGGCAGGAGUUGGCGGUCCCUCAGAUGGACAAAGCCUCGCCUCUGCGCUGCCAGACCCGAAGGCCCUUGACUCCUGCGGGAAUCCCUGAGAGCCAGCUUUUCUUUUGGGGGUGCAGAGCAGGACCGAGGGGAGACUUAGAAACUAAGUUGCCUCCUUGUGAACUUCUAUGAACUUCUAUUUUAGCCAUAAGUGUUUGUGAUGCGCACACUUGGGGGCUUCUGCGCAGCAGAGCUGGGCAGGAGAAGCGCAGCUCCUGAGCAGGCUGGAGUCUGUCUGGAUCCUGAGGCCACUGUGAAUUUGCCGACUUUCUUCCAACUCAGUUGCGCGGUUUUAAGGUUUUCCAAAUCUUAUAUGGCUCUUUUAUAUAUAGAUAGAUAGAUAGAUACGUGUAUAUAUAGCUACAGAUGCCUAUCUGGUGGGUCACAUGUAGAUAUCCAAUGUGCAUAUAAAGUUGGAUUUCAACCACCUGCGUUACUGAGCGGCCUAUGGGCAUCCAACUCUGCUCCUCCCACGUUUCAGAACUGGCGAUGCCUGGCCCACUCCUGAGAGCUCUAGUUUUCUAGUUUUCCAUUUCCAGAUUGCUCCAGCAUUAAAGUAACUUAACCAGCCGUGAUGCCACGUCAUUUACAGUGGACAGAAGCAGGGACAACUAAGUUAUCCGAAGAAAACAAAGUCCAGUGUGCCUCCCAUCGCAGACAUACUGAGUUCAUAGACUGGAACAGGAGAUGCUGCGGCCAUGCUCCUCCUUGCUGUGUAUCUUACUGUAUGAGGUUGCUGUGAUUAAGAUAGUUCUGAGUAUAUGCUAAUUUAAAAACGCAGAUGUUUUGCAUUUGAUUUCUACCAAGAGUUGAAAUGUUGAGAGAUGAUUUUAAAAAAUAAA